AACUAACUUCAACUUAACUGUUGCUUAACUGUGUAUGUGGAAUAAACCUUCAGAAAGACAGUCGAGUUGUGCCCGCCGUACUUGUUCUGGUUACCCUUUCCAGAAGGGAGCAUUGGGCUGGAAAGACCAGCCAGUAGAAAUCUGGACAGUUGUAAAACCGUUGUCGGCGCCGUAUCAGUGGAGGUACGGACUGCCGAGCGGAGGACGACGAUCGUGAGGCACCAGGACGCUGGUGACGUGGAUCAGUCGUGAAUCACUCAACGGAAAAGCCGGAGCAAAGAGCUAUCGGGGCCGUUGAAGGAUUAAAGGAAGUGCCGCAGCCGAGGGAAAGGCUGUGAAGAUUGCACAAGGAAUACAAAUGCAAAGCUCUUCUGGGCAGAGAGCCUCACAGACUGUGACAUUGUAACGUCGACAGCUUGGGGCGUGGACAUUCGUGUGCCAUUAGUGGACGUGUCGUUUGCAAAGAACUGAAUCCUUUGAACGAGUCAUUGGCAACGAACCAGAGAGUCGACUCCAAUCAAUUCCAAUUCCGGAGUGAGUCAGGAGUUCAAAGAAGAAAAAUGGCAGAUGACAAGCCAGAUCUGGAAAGCCUACAGCAGAGGCGAUCAAAUGCACAGCGGAGCCUAACGACGCGUAUAAACCGCCUUAAUUUCAAAGCUGGUCGUCUAGGCACAGGAAAAUUGUCGCAAGAGUUGGCAGGGUUGGAAAACGACUAUGAUAUCUUCGUCGACGCCUGCUGUGAAUAUAUCGAAGACCUGGAACAGAUAGACUCAACGGACGACAACUGUGAUUUAAGAGACACUCUGACAAAGAGGGACGCCAUUGGGCAAAGGUACCAUGAGACAAUGGAAAUGUUGUGGUUUAAAGAUGCUGAGCCAGUAAUAAGCACCCUCGUGGCACGGUUCAAUUCAGCUUUCGACCAGGCCGAGGAACUCGGCAGGAAAAGUGCACUACAGUGGUGUCAGCAAGAGGCCAGAAGGCAGGGACUGGAUCAAGAACUCCACGAACUCAGAGACGCUGUGUAUGUUUGGAAAGACUAUCGGCCAUACGGUGAAGAAAAGUGGAGACUCCUUUUAACAUUGGAAAUUAAAAAGAAGGUACUGAUGGAGGAGUGGGCACGCCGCCGGGAUAACAAGCGGGGAGGUGGGCUUACCCGACCAGUAACUUGUGCUAGUACCACCCCACUUGUUCACACCCACUCAGCUAUCAGGCAGGGCACCAUAGCUGGCACCAGUCCCCCUCAUCAACCUCCUCAACAGCUUCAACAACCUAAUUAUGGACCCACUGUCAGUUUUACUCAGCCUCCAACCCUCACCAGUAUACCAUGGCCACCAAGGUUUCACACUGCUCCCACCAACACCAGCAUGGGACAAAGGGGAACUGUGCCCACCAGCAACUUUGGUACAGUCACAGGGGGAGAAGACAGCUCUCAGUGGGCCCAACCCAUAGCAAAGAUCACACCGAUAAGCUUCCCUAAGUUUUCCGGGAGCAGGAAGGCUGAUUGGGAGAGUAUCCAGGUGCAAGCGGGUCCCACAGAGUCCUUUAAAGAAGAGCAGAAGAAACUGAAGAGUCAAGUGACAGAGUUACAGAAAGUAACGAAAGUCAAUGUCAAGAAGGUAGAGGAGGAGAGUAAACUGAGGGCCAAGAUGUCUGAGCUCAGCAGGGAGCUGAGCUCUGAAAAGACCCAAACUGCAGAGCUGCAGGAGACCUUGGUGCAAAGUCAGGAGAAGCUCACUAAGCCUCAGUCUGACUUCUACCAGAAAGAGUCAGAAGAAGAAGAGUCUACUCUGCAUCAAGACCUCAAAGCACCAGAAGAGACCCAAACUGCAGAGCUGCAGGAGACCUUGGCGCAAAGUCAGGAGAAUCUCAUUGAGCUUCAGUCUGAAUUCUACCAGAAAGAGUCAGAAGAAGAAGAGUCUACUCUGCAUCAAGACCUCAAGGCACCAGAAGAAAGACUGAGCUUAGCACAGGAGGACUUGGCUACCAACACCAGCCAACUCCUGCUAACCACACCACUGCUAACUCAAACCCAGACAGGUUUGGAGGCUCAGACAAAGGAACUGAAGAGAAGCCACAGCUCAUUGGAGUCACAGCUCACUAAACAAGAGCAGUUGAAGCACCUGAAGCACCUGGUGAUACUGUCUUUAGAGAGCAGACUUUCUGAGAAAAUGCUAACCCAGUGGCUUGCACAUGUGAGCAGCCCCAAAAACUAUGCCUUCCCGGGUAACCAUUUUGAGAAGCUCUUAUUGUUCCUGGCGCCUUUCCUGAAAGGCCAAAGGUCAUUACUCACAGGAGUAGAGCUUUUGAAGUUCAGCAAGCCAAUCCCCAUUUACACUUCUGAGAGACCCGGCUACCCUGAGAAGCCGGUCGACUGGAGGAGGAUCCUAGAGGGAGUGGAGAAGAUCCUGAAAGCAAGGGGCUUCUACCUCAAGCCCUGGGUCGGGUCUGGUCAAAGUGGGAGGAAGGACGAGGCAAAGCCUGACCAAAUGACUCUCCUUACUGAAGGAGAGGUGGAUGUAAAAGCACCAAACCCAUUAACUUGUCGCGUCCUACUGAGCCAGAUCACUGGAUUGUAUGACCCGAUCGAUCUAACGACACCUGUGAAGCAAAAAGGUGUGAUUCCUGUGAGGAAGGCCUCCCAGGAGGCUGGCAAGUUCACUAAGGACACUUGGGAGGAGUCCCUCUCUGACGAACUCCGAGGGAAAGCAAUCGAGCUGUUCAAGGAGUACACUCGCUUGGGGAGCAUCAAGUUCCACAGAAGCCUCACACCCUCCGGCUGGAGGGGCGAGCCCUGGGGAAUCACAUUCUCUGACGGAAGCUGUGAAUCUUACCGCGCCGUACUGUACCUGCGAUGGGAAACGUCAGAUGGUGUAGUUACCGGGUUGGUGGACUCGAAAGCCAAGUUAACCCCCUUAAACCAGAAAGGCGACGCAGUCAAAGCCAAAAUCUGUGGGGCUUUCUUCGCCACACGCCUGAAGGAAUACAUGCUGAAGCAUGGAAGAUUGACUGUAGAAAAGUGGUACCACUUCAUAGACAGUCAGACUGUGCUGGGAGCCAUCCAGCGAGACAGUUACAGACUUCAAACAUUCUUUGCAGAUAGAGUCGGAGAGAUCCAGAAGGCUGGGCCCGUAACUGAUUGGUGGUGGAUCCCAGGUGAAGUCAACGUCGCUGAUCUCGUCACGAGAGGGUGUUCACCCAAGCGACUAGACGAAAACUCCGCGUGGCAGAAGGGUCCCAAGUUCCUGUCUAGUCCAGUGAAAGAUUGGCCUAUGGAAUCUGCAGCAAAAGUGGCGGCUGAUGCUACAGAGACAGUGAGUAAACUCCAGAAGAAGGACUUUACAGCAGCUCUCACCAGAACCCAAGCGCAGAAGUUUUUUAAUUCUGGUAGUGAAGGCCGGAAUUUCACAGAUGGAGAUAGCAGGUCUCUAGCAGGGCUCCAGUCGGCUGGAUAUGAGACAAAAUCGAUCCCUGUUGAGACCAAGAAAGAUGAGACACUGUGGGGAGCCGCACUCAUAGUCCGAGUGGGUCUGAAAAGGUACAACCCUCUAGUUAAGCUCUGUGGAGGGGUCAGUCAUGCCCGAAAGGCUGUAAAGAAGUGGGUUGCUCGUAUAGGGAGAGCCCCUAUUCCAGCAAAGUGGGAGGUAGUACUGACAGUGACCGAACUUGAAACUGCAUUCCAAGAUCCCCUUACGUCAUCCCGCUACGUCAUCAGAGACACUGUGAGGCGGGUAAUAAAGAACAGACUUGUCGUCAACAAGGACGAAGCUUCGGGGCUCCUGCGGUGCUACGGCAGAGUCCAAGCCAUCACCUGGGGAAACCCCGGAGUACCCCUGGUCCCAUAUAAUGCCUGGAUCAGCACCCUCCUCACACGGGAAGCCCACGGAGCCAACCAUGAAGGCAUCGCUGGCACACUCCUCAGAGUGAGGUCCAAAGCAUGGGUAGUACAGGGGCCAAGAAUCGCAAGAAGCAUCAUUGACUCCUGCGUGCUUUGUCGAAAGACCAAGGCAAAGUCAUGCAGGCAACAGAUGAGUGAGCUUCCUAGUGAACGAUCUGAACCAGCCGCACCGUUUGAGCUAACAGCACUGGAUCUCUUUGGCCCCUACGUUGUCAGAGACACUGUAAAGCGAAGAACAAAGAUGAAAGUCUGGGGAGUAGUAUUCAGUUGUAUGGCUUCCAGGGCACUGCAUGCUGACAUUGUGGAAGACCUGUCAACCGAUGGCUUCCUAAAGGCGUACCAGCGCUUCACAGCUCUCAGGGGCCACCCAAGAAAACUUUGGUCGGAUCAAGGGACCAACUUCGUGGGCGCCAAGCCAGCUUUAAAGGAGCUCUACGAAUUCCUGAACAACAUCGACAAGGAUCAAGUCCAGAAGAAAGCAACCGCCGCUGGGACCGACUGGUCGUGGGUGUUUCACCCAGCAGACUCUCCCCAUCGAAACGGAGCAGCUGAAGCAGCAGUCCGUACACUCAAGAGAGCGUUGAGCAACAUCGGGGUGGAAAGUCACCUGACAGCACUGGAGUUCCAGACUCUCCUCUACCUGGCAGCUAAUUUGUCAAACGAAAGACCAAUCGGCGCAAGAGUCCAGGUACAAGACGAGACUGUAGGAGUCAUUACUCCAAACUCACUUCUGCUCGGCCGUGCUGGGCCUAGCGGGGACUCUCGAGGGUUUGAAUACCGGACUUACCCCGUUGCGCGCCUGAGAGCGGUCCAGAUCGAGGUCGACAAGUUCUGGAAGCGGUGGAGCCAGCUGGCGGGCCCGGGCCUCUUUGUUCGACAGAAGUGGCACACGCCCGCAAGGAACGUCACGGUGGGAGACUUAGUGUGGUUGGCUGACCAGAAUGCACUGAGAGGCCAGUUUAGGCUCGGUCGAGUUGUGGAGGCCCAUCCUGAUGCAAAAGGCAUAGUACGAGAUGUGAAGGUGAGGACGUGCCAAAGUUGUCCGGUUUCCAGUGGACAAGGUGGGAAAGGCAAAGAGAAGGAGAACCGUCCCUCCACCAUCCUUCACAGAGAUGUCAGAAGGCUGGUGGUUCUGUUAACAGUGGAGGAACAGAAAUAGAUUCCCCACCACAUGGUGGUGUGUUUCGGUAAAGGGCGUCACUGCGUCACCAAGGACAAUGUGAAACCUUUAUUUGUCAUUUGUAUCUGUUAUUCAUAUUGUGUGUAAUACGUUCAUACCCAGCGAUGUAGCUUCAUGUACCCAUUUGAAAGGUAAAGUCGUGUGUAACACGUUCGAACCCAGCGAUGUAGCUUUAUGUACCCAUUUGGAAGGUAAAAUUGUGUGUAAUAAGUUCGUACCCAGCGAUGUAGCCAUUUCAAAAGGCAAAAUCUGUGUUUUGUGGCCUACUUGGAUUUAGGAAUCAGUAGGCCAAGUGGGAGGUGUAGAACUUUCUAGCAGGCAAAGCUAUUUGUCUUUCAUUCUAUUAAUCUGUUCAUUGUUGUAACUGGUAUCAAAGCACCGUUGCCUUUAAAGUGCCUUUAAGGUGCAUCGUCAAAGCCAUGUUUUGUUAUAUAUUGCCUUCGUAUGCGCCUUUGUAAAUCUAUCUAUCAUUAGAACUUGUACGACUUGUCGGUUUUACUAACUGACUGUC